UCUGUACCUACCAAGCCAUCUGUCUAGUAUGGCUCCCUCGAAUAACGACUCCGCCUGGGAUGUCAAGUCUCCCGAGGCCAAGCGCAUCAUAUCAGAGGAUCAAUAUGACGACUGCUUGUCUUGCAGAGUCACUGGCUCCGCUGCGUUUAUUGGUCUUGGAGUCUACAGUUACUACACCGGAAUGAACAACCUACGAAACCAAGAACAAACAAUCAUGCAGAGUGCGACGAAAUACAAGAUGGGAUCCCGCCGGCUGGGGAUUGCAACAAUUUCCGCCACUUUGGUUGGCAUGGGGAUUUGGCGGGCGUUUAAUUGAUAUCCCUACGCUUGAUGGUGGCUAGACCCUGUACUUUUACUUUCUUCGGUGCAAAAACAGUGUGAAUAUAAAUGAUGUGAGUAUGUGCAUUGCAUCAAUGAUCAAGCGUCGAUUCAAGCAAUAACUGCCUCACCGGGUAUCGCCAUAUCGGAUAAUCUCUAUAAAUGUACCCCUUGUAAUCCAAAGAAAAAGAGAAGACAGGAUAGAACCCAUGGUUCACAGAAAGGAAGUCAAAAAGAAACAAGGAAAAGAAUCAGAUAACCAUAUGCAAUACUCCUACUAGAUGCUCCAAGA